AUACAUCAUAGGUCUCACAGCAGGAAGCGCAAACAGUAGCCUACGAACUUAAUUGGCAAAAAGAGAAAACAAAUCUACACUUUGAGGACAAUCUCUUCUAAAUACAGAGAUCCAGGACUUGAGACAGCCAACACAUCCUGGACAUACUGGAGACUGCAGGUGAAUGCUUCUUACUUUGGACGACUUUGAGCUUUGUGAACACAGGCGUUUCCAGGGAGACGCUGCAGAAGCCCCCGUUAAGAUUACCCUAGCUCCCUCGAGCAAAUGUACCCUUCAGCCUCCACAGUGAAAAAUGUCUGUUGCCGCAGUGAAGAAGAAUCUUCAAAAAGUGAAACCACCCCCCAGAUCAAUUUGUUGAAGAAAAUAUAAUAACAGGUGCUAAAUAUCCGUCUGUUAGGCAUUGUGCACUGCCAGACAGAUAUCAACCAUGGCAUUGUGCACUGCCAGACAGAUAUCAACCAUGGCAUUGUGCACUGCCAGACAGAUAUCAACCAUGACUUGGAAGGCAACUGGAGUUCUUAUUGUCUUCUUACUUGCACUUGUUGCAGAAUCCACCUUGUCUCUUCCUACUUUUAUGACAGUGAUUUUAAAUGACCCUAUCACACUCCCCUUCUCUGGACUAUGCCAUGAUGGUGUCAUCGAGUGGAGGCGUUAUCAGGAUGGUCCAUCGGGGGGCAUCAUCAAGAAGACGGUUGCUGAACUGGACCGAGAGGUUUUAACCUCAGGAGAGGGCUAUGAGAACAGGGUUGAACUCCAGAAUGGAAACCUCUCUCUCACCAUCUCCUCAGCUGAGUACAAUGACAUGGGGUGGUAUGAGUGUGUCUGCAACAACAACACCAACGUUUUACAUGAUGUAAAACUAGAAGUUUUGGUCCCCACUAAAAUAUCUGCCCAUGUUGGAGAAAAUGUCACUCUUCACUGCCAUGGCAGAACUGACAGUCAAAUAAACUUCCAUUGGCAAAAAGAUGUUCAAACGUCUGUUCUGAAGGUCGAAGCAGGACAUACUACCUUUGACCCUGAGUUUGAGGACAGAGCAUCUGUAUCCAAAGAUGGCUACAGUAAAGGGGAUCUUUCCCUCACCCUCACUAACAUAACCCUAUCUGACCGGGGGACCUACCAGUGUUUCGUCGGCCCUGACAAACAGACGAGAGGAAACCCUGAAGCUGUCACUCUCACCAUCACUGUUCAAGACAAGCCCUCUGAGGACACAGGCACAUGGUCCCCAUGGAUAGAGGUGGUGCUGGCGGUCAUGGUGGUGCUCAUUGUAAUAGGUCUGGUUUUCUGUGUAGGCCUCUGGUCUGGAGUGAAUUCCCCAAGAUGUUUAUCACCUGUCAUCCAUCUUCUCCGUAGAUGGAAAUCACAUUCACAUACUGAUCCUACAUACAUGUAUAGUCAGGACAGACCAGAGGUCGACCGAUUAAUCGGAAUGGCCGAUUUCAGGUUUUCAGAACAAUCGGAAAUCUGUAUUUUUUAAUA